AUGCGGCCUGACCACGACACCGAAAACACACAAAGACCCCAUCCACGCCCUUCCACCAACGGCUCCUCCCAAAAUGGCUCUUCCCCGCACACAAAUGGCUCCGUCAAGAGCGAGACGAACGGCUAUCACGCGAACGGUCAUGCAGAGGAGACGGUAGCUGCUGCGCGAAAUAACGAGCCUUUCUUUGGACAUGAUCGGGAAGAGGUCACACGGAUACUGCUGCAAAGCUUAAGUGAUCUUGGUUAUCAGGGCGCAGCGCAGCAGCUUUCAAGAGAGAGUGGAUACGAGUUGGAAAUUCCAUCAGUAGCGGCUUUUCGGAAUGCCGUACUAGAUGGCGAGUGGGAUGAGGCAGAGUCUCUGUUGUUUGGACUAGGCGCAGAAGAGUUGGAAGGCGGCGGCGUGGCUCUGGGCAACGGACAUACAACCACUCCAUCGCGGCGGAAAGACGGUGCCGGGAGGCUGUCUGCCAGCAGUCAGAACGGCUACUCAAGAAAUGGGUUGCCAUUAGCGGAAGGCGCAAAUACCACAUGGCUGAAAUUCCUCUUGAGACAGCAGAAGUAUCUGGAGCUUCUUGAGCAACGCGACCUGAAUGCCGCAUUGAUUGUUCUGAGGACCGAAUUGACUCCACUGAAGACUGAUAUAGGCAGAUUGCACUUUCUGUCCAGGUAAGCACGGCUUGGUCUCUGUUCGUCGAGCGACUCUGACAGUUGAUGUAGUCUUGUCAUGUGCCCGUCUGCCUACGAUCUCCGCACACAAGCCGAGUGGGAUGGCGUCGCUGGCCAAAGUAGGAGUCUGCUCCUCUCAAAUAUCUCAAAAUCGAUAUCGCCGUCUGUGAUGAUACCCGAACACCGACUAGCGACUCUACUCUCGGCGGUUCAAGAAGAGCACAUCCUGGGCUGCCGAUACCACAAUACGACGGUCCAGCCCAGUCUGUAUACUGAUCAUGCCUGUUCGUCGGACGACUUCCCUUUGCACACGCAGUUCGAGCUCCGAAAUCACGGCGACGAAGUCUGGUUUGUGGAAUUCAGCCACGACGGUACUUUGCUGGCCACUGCUGGCAAGGACGGAUUGGUUUGCGUAUACGAGACCGCUGGUUGGACACUCAGAUACGAGUUUCGAGAACACGAGCGGAGUCCUCUGGCUAGCGGCUCUAGCAGCUCUGCCGGUGCUGCAGAAAACCGAGGCGUCACGUUUGUGGCUUUCUCGCCCAAUGACCAAUACUUGAUCUCGUGCAGCCAGAACAACGAGUUCGUUGUCGUAGAUGUGAGAAGCGGAAAUAGGGUGGCCACCGCAGACCAUUUCGACUAUCCGGUCACAACAGCAGCAUGGCUUCCUGAUUCGGAAACUUUUGUGAUAGGAUCGCAGGGCUCGCAACGACCACUGGGCUUGUAUUCGCUCCGGGCACCGCCGAAUUCGUCCGCUGCGGUCGUCAAGAACAACGAGAUCCACUCAUGGCGGGAACCACCGUGGAACCCAUCAGUCAAGGACCAGCCCAAUAGCUUCCGCAUUUCGGACUGUGCUGUGAACACGGAAGGCACCAGAAUGGUUGCAACAACCCUCGAUAACCGCAUCAUGCUGUACUCGCUGGAGCCGACGUCCCGAUACUACAAGAUCGAUGAGUGGUCCAUGGAGGACAAGCUCACAUCCAUCAACUUCUCGGCCGAUGGCGAGCUUAUGCUCGUCAACAUGAACGAAGGACGCGUGAUUGCUCUAGACUCGGAGACUGGCGAAGUUGUGUAUAGGUAUGAGGGCGCAUCUCAGAAGGAAUUCGUCGUCAGGAGUGCAUUCGGAGGUGCUGGACAGGGCUUCGUGAUCUCUGGAAGCGAGGGUAGGUCGCUGCCAUCACACUCGAUGGAUUCAUAUGCUGACCACAGACUUAGAUUCACGAGUGUACAUCUGGCGACGACAGACUGGGGUGCAAGUGGCAGCCCUGGAUGCUCACCACCCCGGCGCGGUCAAUGAUGUUGCGUGGCAUCCCACAAACCCGGCAAUUUUCGCGAGCGCUGGCGACGAUCGGAAAGUGAGAAUGUAGGUGCUCCAAAAGAAUGCUCGCGGGAACACAGCUGACUCGUUGCAGAUGGACUUCGGCUUCAUCAAGGCGGAGACAGGAUUCCUCAGAAGCAUUAUCAGGCGCAAUACAGCCUCCUAGUGGAGGCGAAGGGAGAUACUACCCAUUUGGCGGCGCACGGUAG